AUCUGUUCCAGUUGUACUUUAGCUCUGAAUAGAAAUCCUGUGGGGUUGUUUUUGUAUAUUUACUAAGAUGAAAGAGGGAUUUUUGUGGAUGCAGAUCUCCCCAAGGACCACUGUAACACUGAGCACUGCUGAGUGCCAGGCACUGCCCGAUGUCACUGCCUUGUCUGGGCUCUGUGCUCACACAAACGUCACCCGUGUGUCACCCACACCUGCCCCACCUUCACUCACCAGGUGUUUUAUGGCUGUUCUCCUUCCAGACUGCCUGGGCUCUCACUUCACCUGGUUACAGUCCAUCUUCACCAACUUCCCUGCCCUUCUCAACUUUGUGAACAAAAUGAAGUGUGUUACUGGGUUUUGUCCCAGGGAUUUUGAAGACUAUGGCUGCUCUUGCCGGUUUGAGAUGGAAGGGCUCCCCGUGGAUGAAGCUGAUGAAUGCUGCUUCCAGCACCGCAAAUGCUACGAGGAAGCGCUGGAGAUGGAGUGCACGUGGGACCCGUCAAAGAUUUCUGCAGAUGUCAGCUGCUCUGCUAAAAACCUGACCUGUGAGUCUGUGGAUCCCUGUGAACAGUUCCUCUGCACCUGUGACAAAGAUGCCAUUGAAUGCUUUGUGAAAGCACAGAUCAACUCCUCCUUGAAUGGGCUGGAUGUCUCCUCCUGCCCAUCUCCAGUUACAGAAACAACCAGCAAGAGAGAGCUGACAACACGACGCAUGGAGGAAUUGGUUCAUCAAGGGAUUGAUGGAACACCAGCUGUGACUGCAUCUGUGGAAGAAGUGGUUUCUUUUGAGCCCCGUGACAGAGUCUUGGCAAUUUCCAAAGCCAGAGUUACCUCAAGGGACCACAGAGGCACAGCUCCUGCUGCCCCCAUCCGCUCAAUAAAAGAAGAAGAUGGAUUUAUGGAAGCUUUGGCCUCAGUGGAAGAGAUAACCACCUCCCCAGCCUCAUGCCCAGGAGACAGUAACUCAAUGCAAGUCAAAAUUGUCCCCACCAACAAAAGUCCUGCAGGCACACCUGCAAGGACAAAAGGAAAAGGCAAGUGAAAAAUGAAUUAUACUUUUUCUAAU